AUGUCUGAACCCGGAGUCUACGACGUCUAUAUCAUAGACGAAGGAAAUGACGGUACAGCUUUCCACACUCGCAAUGAAAAGGGGAAAAAUUUUCGUCGCAUCCUCCAACAGACUCCUAAUGGAAGCGAUCUUCAUUUGACGGCCAAAAUUCGGAUCGAAGAUAUUGUCCAUGGCACGCUAUCAGACGGUAGCCAAGGUGCCCUUAUUAUUCUUGGCUUCUGGUUUGCCACAUACAAGCAGAGACACCGCUUCAAGCGAGUUCGUCUACAGUUUCAUUUUCAAGAUGUCGAAAUGCCUGGUAAGAAUGAUCCUAGGGUAGUCAGCAUGUACCCCGAGGGUAUCUGCUACCUAUACGAGACAACGUCUACCAAGAAUGUCACCACUAGAGGGGAAAUUUCCGGCAGAAUUCAAGCUCCAGCAUCAGCUCCUAUUGAUGGAAGCGUCGGAUACAGUAUUGAGACAUCGGAGAGAGUUGAAGAGAAAUAUGGCGUUCUUUUCACGGGCAUGCCCCGCAUUCACAAAGAAUACGGCGACGACGAAGACGCCGUAGUAUGGACUCUUGAGGAAAGCCAGGAUUCCUCUCAGAGGCGAGGUGUGCCAGCCAAUUUACAGACAGCUAUUGUAUUGGGUCUUCCUUCGGAUGGGCCCUUUUCAAUGACCCUAGAGGUCGAAUGCGAGCCGGAUACCCAGACUCAGCUCAAGACGAAACUAUUGGGACGAAGAAUCAUCGAGGAUAUUGAUCCCGUACAGAUCCAGAGUGACACGCAACAGCUUCGCGCAGGGAACAGACCUGGUGAUAGAUUGAGUCUUCAGGAAAGAGAGACAUUAGAUUUGGUGGCGUUGAACCAAUUUGGGUUCAUUAAGAGGGAGAUACGGGUUGAUGCGACGUCCAUUUAG